AUGCCAAAAACAACAAAUUUUCUUUCAAUUAUUUUUAUUUUAUUUAAUUUUGUUUUUACUACAAUAUUGCCCUUUAAAUAUCCAGAAUUAAUUGCUUCUUUGAAUAAAAAAUUAGAACCCUGUGAUGAUUUUUAUUUUUAUGUUUGUGAUGGAUUUGAUAGGAAAAAUAUACCGCGUACUGAUUGUUCAGAAAUCAGUACAACAGCCAGCAGACGUCAACAAACACAAAAAAUAUUGGAAGAUUUACUUGCCAACCCUCCACCUUCAGUCCCCAAUUUACCUCAAAAUUUAAUUCAAAAACUUUACGGAUUCCACAGUGCCUGUAUUCAAUCAUCAAAUAAAUUAACUCAAAGCAGCGAUGUUAUCCUUUCAAAACUAAAUAUUUUAACACAAAAAGGAAAUAAUAAUAAAAGAUUAUUUGAUACAGAUUGGGCUUUGAAAGCUUUCCCAAUAAAUGUUUUCUUUCAAUUAACACCUUUAUUUAACACAAAUAAACCUCGAACUAAUUUAAUGAGAAAAUCUUUAGGUGUCCAACCAAAAUCAUUAAUUUCAAAUUAUAGAGAAAGAAAUAUAAAUAAAAAAGAAGAAUUAUUAUCUACUCGAUAUGGAAUGAUUAUCCAAAAUUUAUUGGAAGAUGAUGUUUGGUAUUCAUUAAAACAAAAUAUUCAACCCGUCUUGUUACCCUCAAAUAAUUUAUUUAAAGGAGAAAUAAUUCCAAAUUGUAAUGGAACUCAAGUUAAAGAAUUAAUUCUUUCUGAGGCUGAAAGGCGUGUGAGAAAUUUAUUUAAAGUUGAAAAUAAAUUGGCAAAACAAUUAGAUUUUAAUUCAAUAUACGAUAGCGGCCCUUCUGGCUCCAAAAAUUAUUUAAAACUUUCCCAACUCGAAACACCCAAUGCUUUUAUUUCUGCAUUUAAUUGGACCAAAUUUGUUCAAAAUCUUCUUUCGCCUGUUGGACUUGUUGUAGAUUCUCAAACAGAAAUUCAUUUAUCAGACCCUUCUUUUCUUCAAAGGAUGGGGAAAAUAAUUGGGGAAUUUAGUGAACAAGAAAUAUCUGAUUAUUUGGAUUGGAAUACUUUGUGGACUUUUAUGCCACAAAUGGAUAAAAGAUAUACUUUACAUUAUGUUAAUUCUAAACCUCCAAAAGUUGAAGAAGAAGUUCCAGCUUCCCCAAAUUAUAAAAGAUGUGCAAUGACAAAAAGUUGGAUGACAACAAACGAAAAAUGUGAAAAGUUUAUUGAAUGGUAUUUCCCACAAAUAUUUGAUAGAUUAUAUUUGUCUAAACAUCUUGAAAAUGGAGUACGGACAGAAAUUGGGAAAAUAUAUUCAAGUGUUUAUUCGGAAUUUAAAAGAAUGUUGGAAAAUAAUCCUUGGCUCGAUACAAUAACAAAAGGAAAAGCCUUAACAAAAUUACAGAUGUUGCAGGCAAAUGCUGUUUAUUUUGAAAGAAUAUUUGAUAAUAAUUAUUUGGAAGGAAUUUAUCGUCAUUAUAAUCCACUUAGAACAGAUGUGCCUUUUGCAGAAAUGGUUCACACCUUUGAAGGAGCAAGUUUUCUUCGUCAAAUGGCAACAAAUGAUUAUUAUGAUUCUUCUUGGCUCGUUAAUGCUUAUUAUAGUAGAGAAACAAAUGCUUUAGUUUCCCUAAAUGGAUAUUUAAACCCUCCAAUUUUUAGCAAAGAUUUUUUGGCAGCUAUGAAUUAUGCUGGAAUUGGGGUGACCCUUGGGCAUGAAUUAAGUCAUGCUUUUGAUGAUUGGGGGUCUUAUUAUAAUGGUAAUGGGCAAAUGGAGGAUUGGUUAGGCCCCCAAAUGAGGGCAAUAUUUCAAAAAAAGAAGGAAUGUUUUGUUAAACAAUAUGGAAAUUCGAAGGUGCAAAUUGACGGUGUUUGGAUUAACUUAAACGGAACUUUAACUGUUAACGAAAAUAUUGCCGAUAAUGGAGGAUUGAAUGCUGCCUUUAAAGCAUGGCAAGUACUAAAAAGAAGUUCGUCUUCACUCGAUCAAAAUGUUUUUGGAAAAAUUGAUGGACUAGAAGAAUUUAAUGGAGAUCAACUAUUUUUUAUUCAUUACGCCUUUCGUCAAUGUUCUCGUUUGGGUUCAACAUGGCUUAGACAAAGAAUAAUGACGGAACAACAUUCUGUAGUGCCUGCUAGAGUAAAUAUACCUCUCCAAAAUUCUCCACAUUUUGCUAAAAUUUUUGCUUGUCCAAGUGGUUCUCCGAUGAAUCCAAUAGAAAAAUGUGCAAUUUGGUGA